ACCAUAAAUCUAAAAGAAAGGAAGAAAGAAGGGAGAAGAAGGCGCGAGUAAGCGUCGUCGUCGUGGUCGUCGUGGUCGUGGUCGUGGUCGUGGUCGUGGUGGUUUCUUUCAACGGGGGCGGAUUGACCAUCUUUACCGUUGUUCCUAUUUCUCCACCUCCUUGUCCUCCUACUUUUACUGCUGCUACUGUUGCACCUCUUGUUCUAUCGUGAUCAUCCUAUUCGUAAUCGUAAUCGUAAUCGCAUUUGUGUUAAACGAGGUUUUAUUUCUUUCUAUAACCGAAAGCCACCUUUACAAAUUAUCUGAUGCAAAUUCGAAAAUGAGACAGUAAAGUUGCAAAUAAUUUUCAACGAGAGGAAAGUCAGCCCCCCUCCUACCUACCUAACCCCCCCCCCAGCAACCCCGCCGCCUCCCGAGGUACGAAGAACCUACCUCCUGCAGAAUGAAAUAAAAGAGAAAAUGUCAGAAUUAGAGGAAAGUCUGGCAGCGCCAGAUAGUACAACAAGGGAACAGCGUUUAGGUUUUUCUCAUGGAGACGACGUAUUACUUCAACAUAAGGAUGGGAAAUAUUACUUGGGUACUGUUGUUGAGGUGGAUUUGGCUAGAGAAAGAUGUCUUGUUAAAUUUAUGGACAAUACAUCUUCGUGGUCAUCGGUCAAAGAGUUGACAAAACUCUCUAUGCCAGAGUCGGAUGUUAUGUGCGUUCUCUGUAAAAAAUCUGAACCUAAAACGGACAAUGAUAUUAUUGUGUGCGAUAAAUGUGGUCGUGGUUAUCAUCAACUUUGCCAUCAGCCUCAUGUAUCCAAAGAAGAAACAAGAAGCGAUACCAAUUGGAUGUGUAAAAGAUGCAUGGAUAAUCAAACGAGGAAUCGCGAAUCUGGAGAGAUUAAGAAAUGUAUGGUUAAAGUAAAUAUUAGAAAAGUUUGUAGCGGCAGAGAUCAACCUCAACCACCUCCAGAUGAUAUGACCAAAUUACCAUACGAUCCUGAUAUGUUGAGUUGGGAUGUACAUCAUCGAGUUAACGCAGAACAAAUUUAUUGUUAUUGUGGUCUAAAUGGAGAAUGGUACACGCAAAUGUUACAAUGCGCACGUUGUAAACAAUGGUUCCAUGAAAAAUGCGUUAGUUGCUUAAGGUAUCCUCUCUACAGUGGAGAUAGAUUCUAUGUUUUUGUUUGUUCAAUGUGCAAUUACGGUAAAGAAUUUGUACGACGUUUGGAACUAAAAUGGGCCGAUUUAGUGCACCUGAUGUUGUACAAUCUGACUGUUUACAAUGCAAAAAAGUAUUAUGAUUUAGAUACCGUUAUUAUACCUUAUGCCAAUGACAAUUGGAAUUCUUUGCAACUUCCACCACGCAUUCGAGAUGUUAGUGUUCAAGUGCGCAGAGAUUCAAUACUAGCCAUAUUAACCAGUAAUAGGAAUAGAUUCAAGUGUGGAAGAGAAAUUAAGAAACGUACUACAAUAUGGGGUCUUAGAGUUAGAUUACCACCGCCAUGUCCUAUUGUCAAUCUUCCAGCAUCUGGAAUUAUAGAUGAUUCUGUAUUACGUAGAUGCUGGGGUGCUAAUAAAAGACUACAAUAUCUAUCUCCAUCUGCAGGAUGUGUGCCUGAAAGUACAAAACAAUUGAAUGUACUGAAAGAAGUUUCACCUGAAAAUUUGGAAAUACCUGUCAAUCCGUCGGACGUCGUAAUGAGAGGAACCAUUUAUCAAAAUUCCGAAGCAGAGCAAAGUUCGUGUCCAAGUCCAAAUCCUCUUUCUCAAUCCACACAAUCUUUGAGAGAAAGAUAUAGCGGAGGUGGUUUUGUAAAAAAGACUUUCCCAUUUCCAAAGUUAAGUUUACAGAGAAGAAGAAGAUUAAUGGUACUGGGUAGUUCUCGGGAAAGAAUGUUCCGUAAGCAUAAAAAAAGGGAGAAAGGUGCAGAUGGUUCAUUAGGGAAAUCACAAGGCGUAAGGGAAGCCAGAUAUAGGAAAGCUAGGAAGCUAUUAAAAAAUGCCAUUGCUAAGAGCAAACCUCGAAAUUCAGAACAAUCGGAUUUACCACCAACACCCCCAACUUCCGUAUCUGGUCCACCAACACCGCCAGCUACUACUUCGGUUAUGUCUGAAUUAUCUGUGCCCAGUUCAAUGGAAUUAAUGCAUUCUCUGCCACCAUCUACCCCAGCAGAUACUAGUGGCGAUGAAACGAGUUCAAGAGGAACAUUAGACUCCUUCAUUCCACCUCCAAAAGAUUUCGAAGGGAAAAAUCAUCCGUUUCUAAAUUUGAGCGAUCUGUUGGGUACAUCAUGUAGUUCUAAUCAGGCAAGCACGAGUACACCUUUAGCUCAAAAUCAACCUCCCAUUACGUUGCCUCUUCCAUUGACACCCGUGAUAGCACAACCACCAGUAGUACGUCCAACCAAACGUCAAUUAUCAGAGAAAGACAUUAUUAUAGACAGAAAUGGACAAGUGAAACGAAAAAGACAACAUCGACGCGGUAGACCAUCUCAACAGCAGCAACAACUUCAACAACAAUAUCAACAUACAGCUAGUAAAACUGCUACAAUUUUGCCAGCACGAUAUAACGAAGUUAAAAAUGAAUUUGUGAGAAAUUUAAGGAGUUCGUUCAAUGGUGGUGGUGGUGGUGGUGGUGGUGGUGGUGGUGGUGGUGCUUCGAGCAGUGCCAGUAGUCAAAUUGGAAAUUGUGUUGAUUACGCCUUAAACGGAAGAAGAUUACGACAACGACAGAGCAGUGAAAAAUUACCACCACCAGAUCCGCAGCCGCAAAAGAAGUGUAAUGCAUCAUCCUCUCCUAAAUGUUCGCCAAUGAAGCAAAGUUCUCCCGACGUAUCUUUGGAGGAUCUUAAAUCAUCAGUGAAUGUUUACUUUGGAGCUGCCAACAGGAUAGCAGCAGGUGAGAAGUUUGUGAUCAAGGCAAAAAGGGUAGGACCUAAUGGUCAAACACAGUAUCUCAUUGAAUGGGAAAGUCUUAACAUUUAACGGUAAAAAAGUUAUUUACUAAGGAAGUAUCAUUGUGGUCAGGUAAUUAAUAAUACUCGGCCAAAUAAUAUUGAAUAGAGAACAACCGUUAUCUGACAAUCUGGAUACUUAGGACGAAAAUAUCGUAACGAAUCGAUUUGUGUCACUCACUGCCAUUCGUUAAAUACAUUUAUCUAUAACGAAGUAUGUGUAUUAAUUGGUUUAUGAUGUUUGAUUGUUCUUAUGGGUAUAUAUUAGAUUUAGAUUUUUUAAAUAUACAGUAUAGAUCAGUGAAGCACAACCUGCAGCCUGCGGGUCGCAUAUGUAACACUUGGACUUGGAUAUCAAUGUAUCAUCUUACGACCCCACCCCCCUCCGCCUCCGACUCAGAAAAAAAAUUAUCACGAUUUUUUGACCGAAGCUUGUUUAUUUUCUUUUUUCUUAUCCAAAAAAAUUCACGAACAAUUUUAUAAUGCGGCCCGCAGCCAAAAUCAAACUUGCGAUCCUGUACAAUUAGAGAAGGCUGUGCGUCUCAUUGGUGUAGAUUAAUGAAAUUGAUCAUUCAGAAAUCUUACAAGUACUGCUUUAAAAAACUAAAUAAGUUGAUAAUUAAAUUUCAUUGCUGGUCAAUGAAUUGAAUUUUUUGAGAAAUUUCAAAGUCAGGUCUAUCUUUCUUGAUCUUACUUUGAGUAUAGUACACUCAUAUUUGAUUCCUUACUAAAAUUAUACCGUCCAAAUUUAUUAUUCAAACGUGGGAUGUUAAGGGCAUUUAAAGUUGAAUAAAAACUUUGUAAAAGUUCGACGUAAAAUAAAUUUGAAAAUAUACCAAAAACUUAUAAGAACAAUCAAAUAUGCGUAUACCAAUUAUAUCUUGUAAAUAAUGUAGUAUAGUAGUUUAACAUUUUAAAAAAAAAAAAAAAAAAAA